AUGGGGCUCAGUGGAAAGUUCGAUGCGACUUCGACUGAACCUUUCUCAUCGCUCACUAACAAAACAAUCCAACGGUCCUAUAGCGAUUCCAAGCAUACUUCUACCUCGUCUCGAAUACCCUCGGAUUACCAGUUGGCUUGGAACUUAGCGAAGAUCGGCAUCCGUGAGCCAGACUCCCGUGGAUGGCCGUGA